AUGGAAGAUAACAACCUGAACAAUGAACAAAAAUUUAAUCCGAAUUUGUUGGGAAUGGAGAAUAAUGUUACUCAAGAACCAGCAGUCGAAACGGUCGUAGUAGAACCAAAGAAAAAAGUCGGAAGACCUAGAGGUGCUAGUACAAAUAGUAAGGUUAUAAAAAAAGAAGAAAAGGUUUCUACAUCAUCAUCUGGUUAUCCAGGUGUUAGUUGGAAUAAGCGUAUGUGUGCUUGGCUAGCUUUUUUUUAUGAUGGAGCAUCAAGAAGAAGUAGAACAUUUCAUCCAAAACACUUUAAUAUGGAUAAAGAAAAAGCAAGAUUGGCAGCAGUAGAAUUUAUGAAGACAGUUGAAAAUAAUGGUAGAAAAAAAUCCGGAAAAGGUAAAGGUAGUAGAAGUAAAAGCAAACAAUUAAAUGAUGAACAUUUCAAUGCUUUACACAAUAAUGAUCUUGGAAACAGUAUGAAUGGAAUGAAUGCUCAUAAUAAUUUACAAAUGCAAUUGAUGUCUAUGAAUCCAGCUUUUUAUAUGCAGAGUUUAAACAGAAAUUUUAAUAUGUCUGCAAACGAAAGAAAUAAUAUGUUUAAUUCUUUGAAUAAUCAUUCUGGAUUUAAUGGACCUCUUAAGGGUAUGCAAGAUCACAAUGGAUUAUAUAUGCAUAAUCAUGUAUUUAAUAAUAUGCAUUUAUUAAAUAAUUCUAAUAUUGGUUUGAAUAAUAAUAGAAAUAAUAACUCUAAUAACAACAAUAAUAGUACUAACAGCAAUAAUAAUAGUAGUAAUAAUUUACAUUAUUUGAAUGAAUUAAUUUUCAACUCGAAUUUAUUUCAUGGAAAUAAUAUGGGAUAUCAUGAAGGAAAUGUGAAUAAUGGUGUAAAUGAAUUAUUAAAUCUUGAUGAGAAUGUUGGUUUACAUAAUAAAGAUGUAGAAAACUUGAUGAAUGUGCUAUUUAGGCAGAAUUAUAAUAUGAACAUGAAUAUAUCAAAUAUUGAUAAACGAUAUUUACAAGGAAGUAAUGUUGUUAUGAACGGACCACAAGGAAGUAACAAUAAUAAUAAUAUGAACAAUAGCAAUGCGAAUAGCAACAAUAAUAAUAAUGGUAGUAAUAGUAGUAAUAAUAAUAAUAAUACUACUAAUAAUAAUAAUAACAAUAAUAACAGUUCGAAUAAUAGCAGUUCUAAUAACAACAAUAUGAAUAACAGUAAGAACAACAACAACAAUAAUAAUAAUAAUAAUAAUAAUAAUAAUAAUUCUGGUAAUAGCAAUUCAUCACAAAAUCAACAUAUGUAUCUAUCAAAUCAUAACAAUGAUAUAUUUGAUAAUAAUAAUAGUGGAAAUAACGAUACAAAUAAUAACAACCAAUCAAAUAUAUCUAAUUUUUAUGAUUAUAAUUUUGAUUUAUAUAGAGGAAAUGUAUCACCAAAUAUAAUGGAUAUGGUUCAUCGUAUGAAUAAUCAUAUGAAAGAUGGAAAAAAUUUGGAUGCUUUAAAUGAUGAUAUUGGAAAUGAUUUAAAUUUUCGAUUACAUGAAAAUUCAGCUUGGAUAAAUCAAUUGAGACAAUCACAUAAUAAUUUAUGCAAUAAUAUAAAUAAUAAUCAUUGUGAUUUAUGUCAUACAUCAUCACCUGAUCAUAGUCUUAAAGGGCAAAUAGAAUUAAACAAAAGAAAAAAAUCUGCAUCUAAUCUUAAUAAUAGAAAAAAUGAUUUAUUAGAAGAUAGCGUAAAUAGUUUUGAUUUGAAUAUUCCAUGUUCUUGUUCAUCACAUUUGAGAAAUCAAAAGAAUCAUUUCUGUGUCUAUUAUAACCAAUCUAAUUCCUCUUCACAAAAUGAUAAUUAUAAAAAUUAUGUAAAUUGGAAUCCUAAUUCUAAUAACAACUUAAUUAAUAAUAGCAUUGAUAAAAAUGAUACUCCUUUAGAUAAUUCUAAUGGAAAUAAUAGUGGAAGGAACUUAGGAGAUUCCAAUUUAUUAUGUAUGACACAAAAUAAUAAUGGAUCUAGUUCUCAAUCAACAAAUGCAAAACAUUUAGCACAAACAAUGGAUAUGAACCAAAAACAAUCCUCACAUACUUCACAAUAUUCUAAUAAUCCAAAUUUACAAGAUAUACAAAACCAAUUUAGUUAUCAGAACCAGCCAAAUAUUAAUAUGGAUAUGCAUAGCCAAUUAAAUUUAUUAAAACAAAAUUGCAAUUAUUCUCCAAAAAAUAUGAACAAUAAUAAAAAAAAAAGUACUACAGGAACAUCCAAAGAUUCAAGCAGAAAAUUAUUAUCUUCUCAUGCUUUAAAUAUGCCUCUAGAACAACAACAUCAAUCUUCCAAAAAAAAUAGUUUAAGUUCAUCCUUCUUAGAAAAUAAUUUAUGUACCAAACUAAAUAGUAUUAUCAACUUUGAAUGGAUAAAUAAUGAUUUAAAAAUGAAUUUAAAUGCAAACAAAUCAAAUUCAUAUGAUAAUUCUGAAUCUUAA